AUGUCCGGAUCAAAGGAGGAGCCGCGGCGCGCGUCCGGCGACUGGUGCCGGUUCUUCUGGGACCCGCGCACGCACGAGCUUCUGGGCCGCACGGCCACGAGCUGGGGUCUCAUCCUGCUCUUCUACCUGGUGUUCUACCUGUUCCUGGCUGGAAUGUUUGCUUUCACCAUGUACAUCAUGCUGCUCACCCUGGACGACUACAAGCCCACCUGGCAGGACCGGCUGGCCACCCCAGGGAUGAUGAUCCGUCCUAAAGGAGACCAGCUGGAGAUCCGGUAUUCUGUGGCAGACACUGAGAGCUGGGACGGCUUCGUCCAGAACCUCAACACCUUCCUGUCUGUGUACAACGACAGCUACCAGGUGCAGCUGAACGAUGACUGCCCUCCUGAUCAGUAUUUCAUCCAGGAGGACAGUGGAGAGGUGAGGAACAAUCCCAAACGGUCGUGUCAGUUCAACCGGACCAUGCUGGGGGACUGUUCAGGGAUGGUGGACCGUUCCUAUGGGUACAGCAAAGCUCAGCCCUGCGUCCUGAUAAAACUGAACCGGGUGAUCGGGAUGUUACCUGGGAAGGACGGACAGUCUCCUUAUGUCACCUGUGGAGCCAAGAAGGAGGACAGUGAAAAGAUGGGACCUCUGGCUUAUUUCCCUGUUAAUGGAACCUUUAACCUCAUGUACUACCCAUACUACGGGAAGAAGGCUCAGGUGAACUACACUCAGCCCCUGGUGGCCGUGAAGUUCCUGAACGCCUCUCUGAACACUGACAUCAGCGUGGAGUGUAAGGUGGUGUCUAACACUCUGCUGGCCGGCAGUGAAAGGGACAAGUUUGCUGGACGGGUUUCCUUCAAACUGAGGAUCAACGAGCAAUAAACUUAGAGAUGCACAACGACCUGCUGGAGCUGCAGAACCAAUCACUUCACCUGGAUCAUCACCGAUUUCUCUCCUAGAGCCCCAAACUGACUAGCUGUUUAUCUGCCAACUACAUGAAACUUUCACCUACCAGAUCAGUGAUGCAUUCACUGACCAGAUCUGUGAAACAUUCACUGACCAGAUCAGUGAAACAUUCACUGAUCAGAUCCGUGAUGCAUUCACUGGUCAUAUCUGUGAUGCAUUCACUGACCAGAUCUGUGAUGCAAUAACUGAUCAUAUCUGUGAUGCAUUCACUGACCAGAUCUGUGAUGCAUUCACUGGUCAUAUCUGUGAUGCAUUCACUGACCAGAUCUGUGAUGCAAUAACUGAUCAUAUCUGUGAUGCAUUCACCGAUCAGAUCUGUGACGCAUUCACUGACCAGAUCCGUGAUGCAUUCACUAGUCAUAUCUGUGAUGCAUUCACUGAUCAGAUCCGUGAUGCAUUCACUGACCAGAUCUGUGAAACGUUCACUGACCAGAUCCGUGAUGCAUUCACUGACCAGAUCCGUGAUGCAUUCACUGACCAGAUCCGUGAUGCAUUCACUAGUCAUAUCUGUGAUGCAUUCACUGAUCAGAUCCGUGAUGCAUUCACUGACCAGAUCUGUGAAACGUUCACUGACCAGAUCCGUGAUGCAUUCAGUGACCAGAUCAGUGAUGCAUUCACUGACCAGAUCCGUGAUGCAUUCACUGACCAGAUCUGUGAAACGUUCACUGACCAGAUCAGUGAUGCAUUCACUGACCAGAUCCGUGAUGCAUUCACUGACCAGAUCUGUGAUGCAAUAACUGAUCAUAUCUGUGAUGCAUUCACUGAUCAGAUCCGUGAUACAUUCACUGACCAGAUCUGUGAAACGUUCACUGACCAGAUCCGUGAUGCAUUCAGUGACCAGAUCAGUGAUGCAUUCACUGACCAGAUCCGUGAUGCAUUCACUGACCAGAUCUGUGAAACGUUCACUGACCAGAUCAGUGAUGCAUUCACUGACCAGAUCCGUGAUGCAUUCACUGACCAGAUCUGUGAAACGUCCACUGACCAGAUCAGUGAUGCAUUCACCGAUCAGAUCUGUGAAACAUUCACCGACCAGAUCUGUGAUGCAUUCACUGACCAGAUCCGUGAUGCAUUCACUGACCAGAUCCGUGAUGCAUUCACUGACCAGAUCUGUGAAACGUUCACUGACCAGAUCAGUGAUGCAUUCACUGACCAGAUCCUUGAUGCAUUCACUGACCAGAUCUGUGAAACGUUCACUGACCAGAUCAGUGAUGCAUUCACUGACCAGAUCAGUGAUGCAUUCACUGACCAGAUCCGUGAUGCAUUCACUGACCAGAUCUGUGAAACGUUCACUGACCAGAUCCGUGAUGCAUUCAGUGACCAUAUUUGUGAUGCAUUCACUGAUCAGAUCCGUGAUGCAUUUACUGACCAGAUCUGUGAUGCAUUCACUAACUAUGUCUGUGAUGCAUUCACUGACCAUAUCAGUGGUUGACAGGGUUAAGAAGGAACAGACCAAUGAGAAUGCACAAACACUGUGAUGUCACUGCCACUGCAAACCAAUCAGACAACGUGAUAUCCAGGUGUUGAAUAAACUGCAUGAAUUAAACCAAAUUAUUUAACAGACAUCUCACACAUUAUAAACCUCAUUUUAUUUAUACACAGUCUUAAUUUAUUUGUAUCUGUUAAUGUUUUUGACUAUUUAUUUAAAUCCUAUUUAUUGAGAGUUGUUAACAUUACUGCAGUUAAACUUCCUACAAUAAGAUCAGAAACUGGUUCAGGCUGAGAUUAAACUGAAUUAUAUGUAGAAUUUAAACCAGAAUAGAGCAAAGCAUCAAAAUAAUCUAAAAUGUUUAACUCAGAAACAGUUCAGUCAUGUACAACCAGAGCAUAUGUUAAAAUAAACGGGAGCAGUUCUCACAUUAAAUGGCCUGUAUAGAGCUUUAUCAAAUCCAAAGGAACCAGUAAAAGCGCUUUAGACUACGUACAUUCACACCCUGACGGUGGUGAGCUACAUCAUAGCUGAAUAAAACCAGGAGGCUCUGAUCACUCAGGUUAAGCCUGGCUUUAUUUCUUAUCCUGGAUAUCUAAAUUCUGCUUGUGAGAAACAGCCCUCAGUUCAUCGAUCUAAACAGAAUAGUUUGUAAACCAAAUCAUUCUCAUGGAAAUAAACUAAAUAAGAAAGCAGGUGAUCUCUGGUUCAGUCUGAACAGAAACUAAUUAAAAAUCAGAAUAAAGCCGAGCUUUGCUUUAAAUUUGCUGCUCUUAAGCUUCUGCCUCCUCCUUCAUUGUCAUUCUAGUAAAUUAAUGAACAACCAAUCAGAUUCCUGCUUCAGUAACUAUGGCAACAGAACAUUCAACAUAUCCGAAUCUAGUCUCUUUGUUUUCUCUGUGGGUGCAGCUUGUUAGUUAAUUAGAUAAUCAAUUAGGCAGUAAAGAGUUAGCUUAGAUAACGAGUCAAAGAGUAAUUGCCAUUCAUCGUAUUUUGUUUACUGUGUUUGUUUACGUUGUUUUUAUUUAGCAUCAGCACCGCGGGGCUGAACGUGACACCAACACCUUCUGUUGUCCCACCUGGACACGCCCUCUUUACCUGCACUAUCACCAACUGUCUUCCUUUAAGGACCAGUCAAUCAGAUGGCCCUACUGUGUGAUGUCAUUGCUGUAACCUGUUUGUGAUUGGUUGAAUUAUCCCGCCUGAAAAUGUUCCUCUGUUUGUUACACAAUAAAAAAAUAAAGAUAAUGAAGAAAACCAG